CCGCGCACCAAUGAAAACGUGAUGCCGAAGCUCCGUUGGCAGGCAGGUAAACACAGUGACGAAAUGAUUUUUUGAGUGGCAGUUUUACUCUCAACAAUCGCGUCUAAUGACACAACUACAUUAUCACCUAAACGAGCAAUAAUUCAAACAAUAAUCAACAAACAAUCCACGCGUUACAUGUGAUUUAACAUUAUCCGCAAAACUGAUUUUCCCGGGGCCGGUUGUGAUUGCCGAGGAAACGAGGCGAUUUUACUCGAACCUGUGUCGACAAUGUAAAUCAAUUGUUUCUAAUAUCAGUGCAGUUUCUUGGAAUACCCCGUCGACAAGAGGCUAUUCAAAGAUGAAGCUUCACGAAAAAAAAGAGUCGGGCAUUCACCGCGUGCAGGAAGUCGCCCUCGAAGACUUGGACCUCACGAAGGAGUAUAACGUGGAGAAGACGUUGGGUGAGGGCAGCUUCGCGAAGGUGCUUCUGGCAAGGCACAAGCGAACGCAAACCCGGGUGGUGCUAAAAGCUGUGCACCAGGAGUUAACGUCGGAGAAGGACUUCUACAGGGAAUUCCACUAUUCGUACCACCUGAGUCCACACCCGAACAUCCUGAGCUCAUACGCAGUGGCCUUCAGGGCGGAAAACUGCUACGUCUUCGCCCAGGAGUACGCGCCGUUUGGUGACCUCUCGGGGAACGUCAAGGCUGGAGGGCUGUCCGAGGAUGUGAGCAAAAGAAUCGGAGGUCAGCUGGCCUCGGCGCUUGAUUUUUUACACUCCAAACAGCUGGCACACCGCGACGUGAAGCUGGAGAACGUCCUGGUCUUCACGCACGACAUGUCGAAGAUAAAACUCUGCGACUUUGGGUGCACCAAGAAGGAGGGAACCCUGGUGAACAGGAUACGAUGCACGUGGGUGCCGUUUCUACCACCGGAAGUCUACGAGGUGAUAAAGAACGAGCGAUACACCUGCAAGCGUAGCGCCGACUGCUGGCAGUUUGGGAUCGUGCUCUUCGUCUGCCUGACCGGAAACCCUCCCUGGCAGAGCGCUGACCUGAUCCAGGACCCCGACUACUCGGCCUUCCAACGUUGGCUCAAGCGAAGGACGACCAAGAUCCCCGCCAUGUUCAGGCGGUUCACGCCCCGGUUGCUCCGGUACUUUAGGCGGACAUUCGAACACAAGCCAGAGAAGCGAGCGAACAUCACCGAGAUCAACAAGUACCUGAAGGACUCCUGGUGCGUCAACAAACUCAGCCAUAGCGCCACCUCCACCUCCGUCGACGUCAGCGAAAGCCUCGCGAGGCGAGGCGACAGUCUGCUUUACCUGGACACGCUCGUCGACGACAAAAACAACGUCGACGAGAACAAGAACAAACUGAAGAAGCUGCUCAACAGCUACGGCCUCGAGACCACCGUUGACCAGAAGGUCGUUACCAAACGGAUCUGGGAAUGGGUCAUGCAGUGCGACUCCAACAUCGGUGAGCCCGGGCUGAUCGGCGGACUGAACUCCGAGCCCAUGUGAGUGCUGGCUAGGCCAUCGAGAUCGGUCAGCGAACCCAGCCUCAGGGUUGACGCGAAGGUACCUGUGGUCGAGUCGAUUCGAGACAUGCACGAAUGGCAGAGAUUCGUUGCUGCCAGUCUGGGCAGAGCGAAGAUCAAGUGCCAGAAGUCCGUCGAGGAGUAUCAGAGCACAAUUGCUCCAGUGAAUUCGUCGCGAUAGAACUUGGUACAGAUGUAGUAUUUAACCGCUGUCAAUUAUGCGUGGUAGGGGACGAGUUAGUAGUCUAUUACUACAGCUUGAUAGUUACGAUCGAUUAGAAUUGCUGGGUUGGCGAACGUGCCGCGAGUGAUUCGAGGUGAUCCGAAUUGGGUCGAACCAUGAGUGGCACGUGGGAUACGAGUGACACGCUCAAGUAUGAGUGAAUUUUCGAUUUUCCGGCUUCUGGACGAAAUGAAAUCAUGACUAAACUGUUCUUGCCAUCAUUCCGUUUAGCAUGAAAAAACACUCCAUAGCCGGUGAGGUAUGGAAAUAAUCUUAUCUUCGAAAUAAAAUCGCUAGUGUGUUAACGGCAGCCAUAUUGUUUCAUCUAUGAGCUUCGAAAUUCAUUGAUAAAAGAUUUGAGAAACAUUGCUUUUCAUCUUGUUAGCCAAAUUUUUACCAAACGCUGAAUAUUCGAACCUGAUAAAUUCAAGGUAAUGUCAGUAAUUAUGAUGUGCCACCAUUUUGUAAUUACGAUUGAUGAGUUAACGGGAGUUUUUUGGUAGCUGCGGUCGUUCGCCAAACUAUGCAUCUUUGAAAAACGAAAUAAAAACGUAGAUGCGUGAAUGACGGUUUGAUGAUACGGGUAGAAUUUCACCAAAGUUCAAUUAUACUUUUAAAAUUAUUGUACAUAGAUAUUCUGAACUUGGUUAACUCUACGUCGGAUGAUGAUGUCAUGUCACGCGUGAUUCGUCUUGUAACUCCGCGAUGAGAAUGAUAAUUACUUUGAAUGAAAUGAUGGGAAAAUUCGCAGUUUUCCUCAUGUAUGUUUUACUUCCUCGGCCGAAUGAACAAACAAGUAUUUUUGUCAAUGUAUUAAAAGUCCGGCGUCUAAGGAGCGCUAUCCAUGUCGGACUGAUAGAGACAAUAAAUAACAUUUCCAUGAAAUUUACUUGCUAAGAUGAUAAUAGAUAUUAAUGAUAACAUUGAUAGCCGUCUUGAUAUAAUAUAACAUUAACAAAUAUAGUGACAGCAAUGAUAAUAAUCAUCGCGUUAGUGUACAGACAUAUUUGUUGUAGUAGCGAUAUCCUAUUAGAAAUCGUUUAAUCAUCAACAAUCGGAGUUUUGACAAAUAGAGCAACAAUUUUCGACAUGC